UGGUAGUUGUUAAUGGCUGCCCCGACGCCGAGCUGCCUCGGCAGCUGCUGCUUUCCUUCGAAACCCAACACUUUAAUCUCAACCACUAACUUCCUCUCGCCUUUCUCUUGCUGCACCAUUAAUGGGUACCGUGGAAUUUCAAUGGGAAGAGCUGGUUUUAGCGCAAGAACUUACGCCAAGUUUGAUAAGUUCCAAGGAGACCCUUCUCAACCUUAUCUUGAAGAGACUGCAUCGUCUUCUUUAGAAGCAAAGCAACAAACAGUUCCAGAGGAAGAAGAACUUGAAGAAGAUGACAGCUGCUUGCCAUCUGACUUGGAGGGUGCAGUCAGGCAAUCGGGUCAAGCCAGUGCCUUGUUUGUGUCUUCAGGAGGAAUGAGAGCUAUUGUUGAGCUCUUGAUACCCCAGCUACUGUUUCUUGACGAUGAAGGUGCCCAAGCUGAGCUCUGGGAACUUUCUCGGAUUUUUUUGGAUACUCUUAUUGAAGAAACAGGGUGUCAGAAAGUAAAAGCUGUAUUUCCAGAUGCUGGUGCUGCUGCACUAUUAAAAUAUCGAUGGAAAGAUGCUGCUUUCAGAUUCUCAAGUUUAAGUGACCGGAAGCCAAUAGAGAAUGAAGAUGAGAUUAUAGUUAUGGUUGUACCUGAUUAUCAGAUGUUGGGAUCUGUGGAGAGAAUUGCCUCGGAGCUCUCAGAUGACCCGCCUAGGCCUCUCAUCAUGUGGAACCCACGUCUCAUAAGCGAGGAUGUUGGAGUAGGGGUUAAUGUUCGCAAAUUAAGGCGGUACUUUCUAAGCUCUUUCUCCACAGUUUACUCAAUGCGACCCUUGGCAUCUGGUGCUGUGUUUAGGUGUUAUCCAGGAUUAUGGAAGGUGUUUUAUGAUGAUAAAGACAGGCGAGGUAGAUACCUGCUUGCUAAAGAACUCAUAAGCAAGCCUGAUUCUGACGACCUUGAGAUGAUAUUCGGAAAUGAGGAGAACAAGGCAGAGCAGAACCCGACGUUCCUUAGCCAAGUGGUUGGCAUCUUUUCUUCAUUAAAUCGAUUUAUGAAAGCCAUUUCAAAGUAAUGUUCCCUGUUCACAGCCUGUACAUCUGUUUUGACAACAAUGUAUAAGGUUCUCUGCUAUAUCUAGUCGUGGGGUAAUCUGCUUGCAGUUUGGUGUAUAAAGUAAUUUUUCAUUCUACAACCUCAAGUCAAACCUUCUCAUAGUCUGAUAUUUCUAUGUGGUCUCUGGUUCCAUGUUUUCAAUAUGAUGAUAAGUGAUUUGGGACAACGUCCGGCCAACGAAAUUCAAACCCCAUGGAAAUAUAGAAAGCAUAGGGCG